AUGGCUUGUCGUCUUAAUGUUUACGAAAGUGGAUAUGAAGAAUCGAGAUUUAAGACUGUUGUUGAUGAAAACUUUUACUGUUCAAUUUGUCUGAAUGUCAUGAAAGAUGCCAGAAUGUGCCAUAAUCAACACAGUUUUUGUCGUGAAUGUAUUGAAGAACAUCUACGAGUUAAUGCACAAAGAUGUCCUCAAUGUCAAGAUGAUUUAACUGUAACUACGCUUCAUCCAGCGCGUGUUAUAAAUAAUAUGAUUUCAAAGUUAAAGAUCAACUGCGACUACGCCAGUCGUGGUUGUCCUGAAUUUAUAAAUGUUGAAAACCUUAAAAGACAUGUUGAAAAUUGUGGCUUUGCUCCAGUGUUGUGUUCUAAUGAACGUUGUGGUCUGGAAAUAAACAAACGAGACAAGAUUAAACAUGAAACUGAAUUAUGUGAAUACAGAAAGAUUGCUUCUCACGACUUUCGAGAGAUUAGCGAAAUGUUUCAACGAAGUUUUGAAGACAAAAUGGAAAUGCAAAUGAACAACUUAAGCAGGAAAAUAGACGAAAAAUUUUUUGAAGUAAAAGAUUCCGUGAAACCAUUGACAUCUCAGUAUAAAGAAAUGAUGGAAUCUAUGAAUAUAAAUGAACCACAUGUUCAAACAUUGACAUCAUCAAUUGAAAUGGUGAUGAACUCUGUAAAAGGUGAUAUUUUCAUUGCUGGAGGUUACUUAGGUGAUUCCUCAAAGAGUGUUGAAAUAUUUUCAUGGAAGGAGGAGAAAUGGUUUAAUGUUGCAUCAAUGGAAAAUGAACACAGUUGGGCUUCAUCAUUUAUUUAUAAUGAUAAUUUAUUUGUUGUUGGAGGAGCGUUCUGCAAGUCAAUGGAGACAUUGAAUAUAAAACAGUUUCCUUUGACAUGGAAGACAUUUCCCACAGAGCUUCCUUAUGACUGUGAGGGUCAUCAAACUGUUGUUUAUAAACAACAAAUCUUUCACAUUGGAGGACACAUUGGUGGACAGGGAAAAGAUUGGAAACAUUUGUCCAGUGUUUUGGAAUUUGGUCUAAGGACUCUUACAUUUAAGGAAAUGCCUCCAUUACCUCAUCCAUUGACUGACAUGGCAACAGUUCAAUGGAGAGAUCAAAUUGUUCUUCUUGGAGGUCGUGAUGGAAGAAAAUAUUUGAACAGUGUUAUCAUGUAUGACACUAAGACAGUUAUAACAGAUGAUACAAUUGUUGUCAUGGGAGGUAUGAAUGAUAAAGGUAAUUAUCUUAAUUCAGUGGAGUGUUUCAAAAUGGGAUGUAGUUCUUCAUGGAAAUAUCUUCCUUCAAUGAACGAGCCACGAUAUGCGUCCAUAGCCGAAGUUUUACCUUUUGGACAAAAGUAUGUAUAA